AUGCGUUUGAUUCAUGGAAUUGCAUACUUCCUCCUCCUCCUACUCCAUCUCUCCUCCUCCUCCUCCUCCUCCUUCACCUCCCCCUCCCAUCACUUCUCCUUUUCCUCCUACUCCCCCCUCCUCUCCUGGUGUAUUUUUAGACGCUCCCACCAGGAGAUAGUCUAUCCUGACGCGGACAUUGAAGUCACCAAUGGCACUCAACUUAUCCGCCUCCGAUAG